GGGGCUGACGUAGCGGUAGGGAGGGUCGCUUGGGUCCACGGCUGGUGGGGAGAAGGAGCUAUGGAUCGCUAUGGGGGCGCCUUCGAAGAGGCGGUGGAUGGGACUCGGCAGCAGGAGCGCCACUACCAGCUACUGUCCGCGCUGCAGAGCCUGGUCAAGGAGCUGCCCAGCUCCUUCCAGCAGCGCCUGUCCUACACCACGCUCAGCGACCUGGCCUUGGCGCUCCUCGACGGCACCGUGUUCGAGAUCGUGCAGGGGCUGCUGGAGAUCCAGCACCUCACGGAGAAGAGCCUGUACAACCAACGGCUGCGACUGCAGAACGAGCAUCGAGUGCUCAGGCAGGCCCUGCGCCAGAAGCACCAGGAAGCCCAGCAGGCCUGCCGGCCCCACAACUUGCCCAUGCUCCAGGCAGCUCAGCAGCGUGAGCAGGAGGCGAUGGAGCACCGGAUCCGUGAGGAGCAGCGGGCGAUGGACCAGAAGAUCAUCCUGGAGCUAGACCGGAAGGUGGCAGACCAGCAGAGCACCCUGGAGAAGGCGGGGGUCGCUGGCUUCUAUGUGACCACUAACCCGCAGGAGCUGACACUACAGAUGAACCUGUUGGAACUCAUCCGGAAGCUGCAACAAAGGGGCUGUCAGACGGGGAAAGGAGCCCUGUGACCAGAUGGGGCCCCUGCCGGUCACCCGCUGCCCGUCCUGGCUGGGAAGACAACCCUGUCCCACUGCCGCCACAGGCAGCAGGCAGCUAAGGAGCCCGUCUUCCCGACUGCUGGCCACCGCCUUCCCAGGUGCCUGCGGCAGGGGUCAGCCACCCCUCAGAGGAGGGGCAGGGUGGACCCCGGCUGUGUCUGCCACCCGCCUUCGUCUGGGUGUUAACGUCUAAAGCCAGAGCCGUGUGGCACAGGCUCUGCCCCAGAGCUGGGCACGGGUGGGGCUGGAGGUCCUGGCAGCUUCUCACGCCGCCAGGCUCCCGGGGACCUCCGCCGGCCCCAGGCCCUGCGCUGCUCCUGGCCUCGGCCCCACCCAUGGUAGCUGUGGCCCCCACGUAGGAGGGGCUCCGUGGCCCAAACCCUGUGUGGCCCAGGGAAAUAAAGGUGCCUCAGUA